UGAACCAUGUCACGGUCCUAGAUCACCAUCACCACUGCGACCACGACGACUCUCAUACCCUCUUCUUCCAAAGAGUCUGUCAAUUAGGACAUUCCACACCAACUCAGCAGAACAGAGAAACCGAUCCCACCCCCAACCUUACACCAUGUCUCUUCCUGAAAAGGAGUCGCCUCUCAAGGCAGUGCAACUCGAAGCCCUCCUCGUCAUGAAAGUCAUCAAACACUGCGCCAGCCGCUUCCCCACCACCGCUACAGGCUCUCUGGUUGGCAUGGACGUCAAUGGUACACUCGAGAUCACAAAUUCCUUCCCGUUUCCCAUCGUCGAUCUGCCCCCGGAGGCCCAGUAUGAACAGCAACACUUCAACUCGGCCGCUGCCGCCCCUCGUGCCAAAUCAAAUACUGCCUACCAAGCUGAGAUGAUCCGACAUUUGCGUGAGGUCAACAUUGACGCCAAUAACGUCGGAUGGUACACAAGCGCCAACCUGGGCAAUUUUGUCAACUUGAACUUUAUCGAGAACCAGUAUCACUAUCAGAAAGAAAUGAACGAGAGGACAGUCGCUCUAGUUCACGACGUGAGCAGGAGUUCUCAGGGAGUUUUGUCUCUCCGCGCAUUCAGGUUAUCACCUCAGUUCAUGACGGCGUACAAGGACAAUAAAUUCACCACUGACAAUCUCCAAAAGUCGGGUUUCAAAUAUUCUGACAUCCUCGUCGAACUCCCUGUCCAAAUUCACAAUUCACACCUCGUCACCACCUUCCUCCACCAAGUUCCAUCGCUUCUCACCAAUGGCACCCUCGCUCCUCCCACCUCAGUCAAGUCCAUUGAAUCCAACCCCGCCAUUCUCAACGAUACCAUGGCCCCUAACUUUGAUUCUCUUGCCAUUAGCAUUGACCCCUUCUUGUCACAGACCUCGGAGAACCUCCUCGAGGCCAUCGAAAUCCACCACGUCGAAGCAAACAAUUUCUCCUACUACAGCCGUGCUCUGGCCAGAGAGCAGGCCAAGAUUCAACAAUGGCAAGUCAAGCGCAAAGCCGAGAAUGCCGCUAGAGCUCUUUCCAAGCAACCCCUUCUUCCAGAGGACGAGUGGCAAAGAUUGUUCAAACUGCCUACCGAACCCAGUCGUUUGGAAAGUAUGCUGAACAGCAGACAGGUCGAGCAGUAUGCUAGACAAGUGGAUGGUUUCGUGGCUGGCACCACCGGCAAAAUGUUUGCCGUUCGGGGCAAUCUGAUUCCCGGGGAUUCCAACAACGAGUGAAGUUCUCCAGCUGGCAGACGCAAACCCUGAACCCAACGCGCCCUUCAGUGUCGUCAGAGAGCGUCGACUUUACUCAUGCGCAAUGAGAGGGCCGACAUGAUGGAGCUACCAGGGCAUCGCUCCGUGCUGCAGAUAGCUUUCGAAUCGCCAGAAUACAAGCCGAUUCCCAGCAAUGCAUCGCCAACCUCGAACAGUCGAUGGUUCACAGAUGUAUAUUUUCUCCAGACAGCAUGAACGAGAUGGUGCACGGCGUUACGGACAUGAUUGCAAUGUGGUUGAAGGUUGGACCCAUCUUGUCCUGGUCGAGGAACCAAAAUGGCAUGGAGGCUGCCGGCAAUCGGUAGAUCUGGUACACGUCUCUGAACCUGAUAUUGUCUAGAUAUGAUGGAAAAUGAUAUCAAAAU